ACAAGAUGGCGGACAAACAAACUGAAAAAGUUUGGGACGUAAGAGUUACUAAAAACUUGAAUUUCCGGGCCUAGAUCGCCAUGAUUCGCUUUGGAAAUGAGCAACCAAAGRCACCAACAGCACCUCUCGUCAUAUUUGAAGGGAAAAAGAAAUAGUCCUUUAAAAAACAGCUCAAAUCCGAGGCCAGCUGGAAGAGGUUUGCCAAGAAGCAGUGCUACGACAACAAGUACUAGUGGACGUAAAAAUCUUAAUGACGAGAAAGCAGCGCCGGCACGACCUCAGAACAAGAUAAAACCUGAAUAUAGAGUAAAACUUGCAAAAAAUGCUGAUCACAUAAACAGAACUCCAGAUGAAAUUCUGUUUAAAAUUUUCAAAUUCCUUUGUCCAUCACAAAUACUAGCAUGUGCACAGGUGUGCUCUAGAUGGUCACUUYUGUUACAAGAUAGGAAACUAUGGGAAGGAAUUUUUCCAAGAUUUCCACUUGAAUUAAGAAAGUUAUUUACAUUUGAAGAAACAAGAGAAGAAGGCUUYGAUUGGAAAAAGGAAAUUAUACAAAGAUGCAUAAAAGCACGAAAAAGCAAGUUUCUUUCUCYCAAGAAAAAAUUCAAUCCAUAUACAGGGCUGCUAGCUGAUGUACAGAAGAAUUUAAAGACUCUAUCUAUUCAGUGGAGAUUGUGCUUCACUGACACGAGAGGUCAAGCCUACUGGUCCACAGCAGAGGAGACGACAUAUUUUGCUUCAUCUUUGUCUACUCGAUGGCUGUCCCUUCAGCUGCCACCUCUGACACAGUUGAAGGAAAUGAAACUAUUUGCUUGUGUACCAGUCUUCUUUGACAAGUCAUGGAGGCCUCACAUCAAAAGUCAUACGAAAACUGCUCUAGACAUUGUAAUGCUGUUCUUAAAUUUCUCUAAUCUGUUUCAGUUGGAUGGAGGUGAACUUGCUUUUGUAACUGCUUGUCUUAGUUACCAUCAGUUGCUUGAAAGAGUGAUGUUAGGAUCAUCAACCAUGAUAUACAAGGCUCCUUCACACCAGCCAGUAUUUGAUGACGUGGACCCCCAAUAUGGUCUUCAUGGCUACUCUGCAAUGGUUGAACUCAGAAACCACAAGUCUUCUUACUGGAGUCAACAAUUCCGAGAACUUUAUCACAAUGGCUUCACAUCAGACUCUGUUGUUCUACGUGGUCUUGGGAAUGAAUAUGGCGUCUUCUCUAAGAAACUGUCUUUACCUUGGAAAACGGAGCUGUUUCGAAACAUACUGCAGAAUACUUGUUUGUUCGAUAUGACAGUAAUCGAUGAACACAGACGGGCUGUCUGGUGUGUAAGUUCGCCGGUACUAAUUCAUGUUAACAAGGAAGCAAACGUCAAUUAUUCAGCAGAUGGUGAAUGUUUUUACAUGGAGCACUGYGAUGAUCAAGGAAGUAUUCGCAUGGACUUCGUAUGGAAUUCCACGGAGGAGCAGACUCGUGUUGCUGAUGUCGAGUUUCGCAUUAAAAAAUCCUCUGUUAAUUCGUGGUUUGGAACCUCGUACUAGUCCACUUCRAAUGAAAAACUGGUGGUUCUGCGCAUGCUCGGAAAGGGCGGCCAAAGGAAGGGCUCGUUGUCUUGCUUAUCCCAUAACCCUGCUUCUGAGAUUAUCUUGACAGCACCAUGAUAUACAAGGAAAUGGAAAAAAAUCUAAUGAAAAAAGAUUUCUUUACUUUUCUUAUCUUAAUCGUAUUGAUUUUUUAAGUGUUUUUUUUUAAAAGUAAUAUAUUUAUGUGGUUAAAACGUCAGUAGUUUCACCSACGUUAUCAAUGCAUCGUUUUGAAAAUUAACAUGUUCUUCAACAAAAAUCUUAUAAUAAAUAUGUACAGUAUAUGCCUGUGCAUAGUUUCGAGAACGCUUGAAAUAAUUUCUGGUAGAUUAAGGAAGUUGAAAAAUAAUGGGUUUAGUUCCAAAACGGAAUGAGAAAUCCCAUUCAUAUUCGUUUCCUGACUUAUAACCCAGAGGUUUUUCUCUGUAUCGAUUAAAUUUGAAGGUUUGAAGUAGGAAGUAAGAAUGAUUUUAAAAAAUGGAGAAAAAUAUUUAUAUCUCAUGGACGAUACCA